UCACUGCCUCACAACUUCCUUCUCUUGUUUUUUCCCUGGAGAACAUUCUCUCUAGAUGAUCAGGGGGCCCUGGAGCUGCAGGUCUGAUAGCUCUUGAUGGAGUUGGAGCAUUGCCUCUCCAGGGGCAGAAGCGUUGCGCUGCAGAGUCAAACGGGAGCUGCCAGCGGGGCAUGGAAGAAGCCUCCUUGGCAGCCACGAGAGGAGCUAGGGGAGCAAGAGAGUGCUGCUGCCUGUGACCUAGACCCCGGCUGCUGCCCCUCUGCCCGAGGAGCACGUCCACACAGAGGUCCUCCGUUCCCUCCCGUCCAGAUCUCCCUCUGCAGAGCCCGGCGGAGCCAGUCCUCACAGAAGCCAACCCAGUGGGGAGCAUGGAGCUGCUGUCCACGCCCCACAGCAUCGAGGUCAACAAUAUCACCUGCGACUCAUUCCGCAUCUCCUGGGCCAUGGAGAACAGCGACCUGGAGAGGGUCACCCACUACUUCAUCGACCUGAACAAGAAGGAGAAUAAGAACUCCAACAAGUUCAAGCACCGGGAUGUCCCCACCAAGCUUGUUGCCAAGGCUGUGCCGCUGCCCAUGACAGUGAGGGGCCACUGGUUCCUGAGUCCCCGCACCGAGUACAGUGUGGCGGUGCAGACUGCCGUGAAGCAGAGCGACGGGGAGUACCUGGUGUCUGGCUGGAGCGAGACGGUCGAGUUCUGCACUGGGGAUUAUGCCAAGGAGCACCUGGCCCAGCUACAGGAGAAGGCUGAGCAGAUCGCAGGCCGCAUGCUCCGCUUCUCCGUCUUCUACCGCAACCAUCACAAGGAAUACUUCCAGCAUGCCAGGACCCACUGCGGGAACAUGCUGCAACCCUACCUGAAGGACAACAGCGGCAGCCACGGCUCCCCGACCAGCGGCAUGCUCCACGGCGUCUUCUUCAGCUGCAACACAGAAUUCAACACCGGCCAGCCCCCGCAGGACUCCCCCUACGGCCGCUGGCGCUUCCAGAUCCCCGCCCAGCGCCUCUUCAACCCCAGCACCAACCUCUACUUUGCGGACUUCUACUGUAUGUACACGGCCUACCACUACGCCAUCCUGGUACUGGCCCCCAAGGGUUCCCUGGGGGACCGCUUCUGCCGCGACCGUCUGCCUCUCCUGGACAUUGCCUGCAACAAGUUCCUGACCUGCAGCGUGGAGGACGGGGAGCUGGUCUUCCGCCAUGCCCAGGACCUCAUCCUGGAGAUCAUCUACACCGAGCCGGUCGACCUGUCCCUGGGCACCCUGGGGGAGAUCAGCGGGCACCAGCUGAUGAGCCUGUCUACCGCCGACGCCAAGAAGGACCCCAGCUGCAAGACCUGCAACAUCAGCGUGGGCCGCUAGGAACUCCUGGGGAGCCAGGGAGUUAGGGAGAGAUGGCAGGCAGGGUGGUGAUGGGUGGCAUAAGCGCAGGGAGCUGGCUUUCUCUCCCUUGCCCCCCUGCUCCCUCCACGCCAUCCAUCUCCCUCUUCCCUUCCCUUCCCCAGGGCACUAGAAGCAACGGAGGGUGGUCCCUUGGCAGGCAUGGCCUACCCAUGCCUGGCCGAAUUGGGAAGGCUUCUUAGCCUCAGCAGGUUGGUGGGGAGGGCGGGUGGAUUUCUGGAGACUUCCCCUUUCCUUUGGUUUCCCUGCCCUGCUAUUUCUUGCCUCAUCCCAGGCCUCCAUCUUAGGAGACCUGCCCUCCUAGGGUUCUCCCACGGAAGCCUUCCCUCCAAAGACCCACCUGUAGCUUGCCUGCCUCCAGAGGUGAGCUGAGAGCUGUGGGCGUGUUCUUCCUUAGCCCCACCCACCCCAUGAGGGCCAAUCACAGAAUGCCCCUCCCCCACGAGCCAGGCCUUGGGGGGGGGCGUCCUACUGCAGGCCCCACCCUCUCCCUCUAUAAAUAGUCUCCUGCACCGCUGUGACCCCACCCCCACUCCACACCGUUAUUCGUUGCUCCGGAGCACCCUCUUCCUGCAUGGGGAGAGCCGUCCCUCUCCUUCUCCACCUGCCCUCUAGAAAAGGGCCCUCUUUCUCUUGGCUUUGGGGGCACCUGGCUGCUGGGGGGGGGGGGGUCCCCUUCUUCUGCCUGGAGGUGGUAUAAAUCCCAGCGGACUUUCUCCCUUGCUCAGAGUGCUGGGGUGUGCCGUGGCGGCCACUGGGGUCGAGGAGGGGGCCAGAGACCCCUGAGACCCAGAGGGACCCCUCCCCCAGCUGGGAGUGGGAGCCUCAUGCCGAGGGGACCCGGCGUGGGACUGGGAGCGAGGGCGUUCCCACAGGGCCCUGGUACCCCGCCUGGCUGCGCGCUUGCUCGCUCAUGCUGCCGGGGCACCGCCGCUGCGCCGUGCCUGUGUGUCAUCUGGACUGCGGCUUCCCCGCGCCACCCCCACCUCGCGCCCCCUCCCCCGGCACUGUUGGCUCCUCACCUCGCGGCGAAGCCAGCCUCCUGGCGGAGGGCCCCUUCCCUGGGGAGCGCUUGUGAAGUCUUUCCUGGGCCACUCUAUGUUUUCACCUCUUUCCUACUUUUGUGCGGGUCGUGGGAGUGCUGAGGGUGGACCGUAGAUAUGAGCAGACCUGGUGGGUGAUGAGGAGAGGGGUCAACUAACGCAUCCAGCUGUUUGAGGGGUGGAGAAGGAUGUCAGGUGAAGGAGAGCAGCCCCCACAGUGACAGCGGACUUCUGUGAUGAGAGACAGAAGGGGGCAGCAGGCCAACAAGGCCAUAUCUCAGUGAGCGGGCGAAUGGGACAGCUGGUGGCCUCUUCUGUAGCCACGGGGAAUGGUGUGGUCAUCUGUGCUUUGGCCUGGAUCAGGGCUGGGGGCCGAGGGAGGUGCAUGGAGGAGAGGACGUGGGCCCCAGGCCCUUUCCCCUCUGCUGAGGGGGUGGCCCGCUGCCCUCCCCUGGCCCCGUGUCUGCCCUGGGCUGGGGGCACACCCACCUGUGCUGUGCUUGCAUCAAUAAACCACCAUGGCCUGAGA